CGUGCCACACCACUUCCACCUCAUUUACCAAAACACAACGAUCAAGAUGUCUCUGCGCGGCGAUAGCAUCCCGCGCAGCAAAGCGGCCGCGUAUGUGCAACUUCCAGAGCUGGAUGGCCACUCGCGCAAGGUGUACGCAUUGGGCUUCAAUUGUGAUGGCUCUAUGCUGGCCUCAGGGUCCAACGACCGCAGCAUCCGCAUCUGGGACCCCACUACCGAGCGGGAGCUUAUGGAACUGCGUGGACACUCGGACUCGAUUUUGUCUCUUGCCUGGGACCCUACAACACCGCACCGCUUGGCCAGCACGGGCUCCGACAAGACGGUGCGCUUCUGGGACACCAAGACCGGCCGCAUCGUCAACAGCGUCUCAUUGCCCGGUGACGCUGUUAACAUCGCCUACAGUCAUGAUGCCAAGUACGUCGUGGUGGGCAACUUGGAUUGCAUUACGCUCAUCGACACACGCAAGGCGCGCGUGGUGCGGCGUGUGGUGAACCCCUUUGAGUCCUACGAGAUGCAGUUCAGCAGGACCGGCUUCCUCUUCGUAGCCGCAGGCCAUGCGGCCGGAUUCGGUACUUUCGAGAUCAUGCGUAUAGUCACGGAGAAGAAGGGCAACCCCAACCUGGAAAGUGCGCACAAGGUUAUGGCUCAUGCAGGAAGUUGUGUAUGCUUGGACUUCCACCCGUCAGGAAGAUACCUUGCAUUGGGAGGUGUAGACUCUUUGGUGAGCAUCUGGGACUUAGAGGAGCUCUACUGCGUUAAAACGUUUGUGGUGACGACAUCAAGCAUCAGAUCCGUGCGCUUCAGCCACGACGGCAAAUAUAUAGCAAUUGGCAUGGAUGACCCCAACUUGGUCGUGAUGGACGUAGAAAGCGGCGAGAAGGCAGUUAAGUUGCAGCUCCAGAACAACGUACAGUACUUAAGCUGGCACCCCAACAAAAACGUGCUGGCAUAUGUAGGUGACAAGGCCUCAAGCGAUAAGAACUCGAACCGCGACGGUGUCAUCAAAAUGAUCGAGAUGAAGGAUUAGCGUUGUCUUGAACUUGUGAGAAUAUCACGUCAGACCGGCAAUCGAAUAGUCACAACAGCAGGCACAAACGGCAGAAGAAAUGGAAAGUAUAUCACCUGGGAAUAUCCUCACACGGACAUUUGUCUUAAAGCGGACUACGUCCUCAGUUCGUUGUUGUUGGAAGUAACGAGGUGGUGAGCUGGCAGACAUAAUUUUGCAUUUGAAGACGUGCUCGAGCGACUCCUAAGUAGCAGCUGCACUGUUUGACUGUGCCGGCAUCUCCAAGUUCCUGAGCUAGCCGGUGAGCCUGGUCGAAGGCCCGCUCCGCUUUCUCGAAUUCUGCUCGCCGGCUAGCGAGGUGACCGAGCUGAAUCCACGCGAAUGUCUCCGCUGGGCGAUCAUUGACUGACUGGAUGAGCUGUAGAUGCUGAUUCAUGCAUGCAACAGCUGUGUCUAGAUCAUUUUGACGGCUAGCCAGCAGCCCCAGGUUGCCUACGGCAAGACUCUGACCGUACGCACUGUUCAACUGGAUAGCCAAACGAAGAGCCUCCUGGUAGUAGUGAGCAGCUUCGUUUGGACGGUCAAGGGAGCCGAGUGUAAGUCCCAGAUUCAAAUGAGCCACGAACUUGCCUGCAUCAUCCGCAACCUCCAGAUGCUUCUGAUGAUAAACUAGUGCGUUUUGCAGGUUACGACUCUGCGGAUCCACAAAUUUCCCGCUGUAACGGUAGUCUUUCGAGGAGGAGGAUAGUAGCUGGUAAUUGACACCAAUACAGUUAGCAGCCAACCCCAUGAACAA